AUGGGGCAGCACCUCAGUGAGGAGUCUAACAGGGUGGAAAUAGAUGUGGCCGAGCUCCAGGAAUGGUAUAAGAAGUUUGUUGUUGAAUGCCCAAGUGGAACUCUUUUUAUGCAUGAAUUUAAGCGAUUUUUUGGCGUGACAGACAACCAAGAGGCAGCAGACUAUGUAGAACACAUGUUCAGAGCUUUUGAUAAAAAUGGGGAUAACACCAUAGAUUUCCUGGAAUAUGUGGCUGCUCUUAACCUUGUUUUGCGGGGGAAACUUGAGCAUAAGCUGAAAUGGACUUUCAAAGUGUACGACAGAGAUGGAAAUGGCUGUAUAGACAAGACUGAGCUUCUAGAAAUAGUAGAGUCUAUAUAUAACCUGAAGAAGGUUUGUCGCCAAGGUCAAGAAGACCGGAUUCCAUUGUUGUCACCAGAGCAAGUGGUGGAUAGGAUAUUCCAGUUGGUGGAUGAGAAUGGAGAUGGUCAGCUGUCUUUAGAUGAAUUUAUAGAUGGUGCCCGCAAAGACAAGUGGGUAAUGAAGAUGCUUCAAAUGGAUGUGAGUCCAGGCAGCUGGAUUAGUGAGCAGAGGAGAAAGAGUGCUCUAUUUUAAUGUUAACUGUUUGACUACCUUCUUGUUGCUUAUCUGAAGACCUGAAGAACUCCACUGAGUUUGGGACAUCUCAGAAAGGGUUGGGACAUCAGGUUUUGAAGGCAUUCAAUCACUUGGAUUAUACACUGGAUAUAUGUGCUUGUCAAGUAUUACUGAUCAGAGAUGAUAAUUUUUUUUAUAUAUUUUCUGAUUCAUGACUAUUGUUAUCUUGUUUCUGAGAUGAGAUCCAUAUGUCAGAUGCAAUAUUUUGCAAUGUGAACAAGCAAAUUAUGAUUCCUAACUUCUAUGUACAGCUUAGGUUGUGGUGGUGGUUGCAUUGGUAGUGUGCUGGGUUCACAUGUAGCUAGUAUGCCAAGAUGCCAAAUGCUGCACGGCUAAACCGUAUCCAUUAUACAGUAAACUGUUGCUGUAUUGUGGUGUAUUUUUGACUACUACAGUUUUACAUGUAAAAAGUGUUUUGUAAACUUGAUUCACCUGUGAAAAUAGUGGCAAUUUACACUAAAAUACAUGUGUGGUGUUGCAGCAUGGUGACUGGCUGUG